AUGUUCAUUUUGUUUUUUACUUUGGUAUCAGCUGUCAAUGAUUGGAAGAGAGGAAGAACCCCAAAUAAAAGCGGUCAAUUUUAUUCUUAUAAAAAAGAUAUUACAGAUGGAUGCAAGGUCAAUAUGAGAAAGUUUGGACCAUCUAACAUAUAUGAAUGCAACUGCAGACAUCUUGAAUCUUGUGAUUUUAGCAACAUGGGUAAAUGCAAAAUUAAAAAAUGCCUCUCAGGUUAUGGAGGAGCAUUUUGCCAACUUAUGUAUUUGCAUGAACAUUUAAAGCAGAAUAUAAGUGAAACAAAGAAUGUGUUCACAAAUGUUACAAAAGAAAUAAACAACUUUUUGAAUAUCACUUUUAAGAAGGAACACAGGAUUCAUUUACUAAAAUUCAACUGCCAAUCUUCAGUUUCAGAAACAAACAUCACCUUGAAAAUUGGUUCCACAAAAUUUUAUGAAGGCAAAUGCACGAAUGUAACACAGAGUGGAGAUGCAUCUGGAAAAUAUUUGUUGAUCAAGACGUCACAGACUAUUUCAUUUUCAAAGUUGAGAGUCUUCGGUUGUUCCCCAUUUUGGUUUGGCCAAAAAUGUGAUAAGCAAUGUCACUGUGCCAAUUAUACUCAAUGCCAUAAGAUCAGUGGAAAUUGUCCCAUGGGCUGUGAAAGUGGAAGAAGUGGUCCUGACUGUCAAAAACUGAAUUACGAAAAUGUAGCUUUGAAGAAAAAAGCAUCACAGAGUUCCACAUACAAUCAUUCCACAAUUCUCUUUAAUAAUACAUGCCAAGAACAGGAUUUCAAUUUUUCUGCUGAUUUGGCUGUAGAUGGCAACACUGACCAACAACAUGAAAGAUGUUCAUGUAUGCAUACAAACAAAAAAUAUAAGCCAUCUUGGCAAGUUGACCUUGGAAAAAGAUACAAUAUUUCACAGAUAAGAAUAUAUCCCAGGAAUGCAAACCUUUUUCGCAUUGAAAAUACUGAGAUACACAUUGACGAUAGUCUUUGUGCUACAAUUACAAAACCUAAAGAAAUCAUUGAUAUUCAGUGUACGAAUAUCUUGGAAGGAAGUAUCGUUAAAAUUUCCAGAAAUGAUAAUAAAAGGAACCUGAAUUUCUGUGAAGUUGAAGUCUUGCAAUGCUUACCUGGUUUUUAUGGCUACAGAUGUAAGAAUAGCUGUCCUGAGUGUAAAAAUUCAUCCUGUGAACAAUGGAGUGGAACAUGUCAAUUAGGUUGUUCUCUUGGUUAUAAGUUCAACAAAACAUGUACAGCUUGUGAAAUUGGUACAUUUGGUGAAGAAUGUUCUCAGACAUGCCACUGUAAGAACAACAUAAAUUGCAAUAAAACAAAUGGAAAUUGUAUACCUGAAGGAUGUGAAGCAGGUUACAAAGGAUCCAACUGUCAAGAACCUUGUUCAACUGGUACUUUUGGUGAAGGAUGCUCACAGAAAUGUCACUGUAAAAACAAUAAUAAUUGUGAUCAUAAGAAUGGAAGCUGUGGAAAUGUGGGGUGUGAAGCAGGCUACAAAGGACCCACCUGUCAGGAAUCUUGUGAAAUUGGUACAUUUGGUGAAGGAUGUUCUCAGACAUGCCACUGUAAGACCAACAUAAAUUGCAAUAAAAAAUAUGGAAAUUGUAGACCUGAAGGAUGUGAAGCAGGCUACAAAGGAUCCAACUGUCAAGAAUCUUGUUCAACUGGUACUUUUGGUGAAGGAUGCUUGCAGACAUGUCACUGUAAAAACAAUAAUAAUUGUAAUCAUAAGAAUGGAAGCUGUGGAUCUGAGGGAUGUGAAGCAGGCUACAAAGGACCCACCUGUCAGGAAUCCAAAUUUAAUAUCUACAUACCAAUAAUUAUUGGAUUAGUGAUAAUAGGGAUUGUCAUUGUGGGACUUAUAAUAUACUUUAAAGUUAAAAGAUCAAAAAGGAAAAAAAAGGAUACAUCAUUAAUUAUGCCAAAGGUUUCAUUGCAAGAAAACAUAGAAAUGAAUUCUGUUGAUGACAACAUCAAUGAUGACGACAAUCAAAAAAAUACAGAGCCAGUGAAUAAUGAAGAAAAUAUUUACAUGAACACUGAAUAUAUGCAAAAUAAGACAAUUGAAAUCACCAAAGAUAAUAUUUUUUCUUAUGUUAAGAAGAAGAAAAAGGAAGAUUUACCAUUUGCAGAAGAAUUUCUGAAACUACCAAAGGGCCUUCUUUAUAAACACAAUGCAGCUAAUGCGGAUAAGAAUAGAGGCAAAAACAGAUACAAAACUAUUCUUCCCUAUGACCAUUCAAGAGUUUGCCUGCUUCCGGAUGAAUUCUCAUCAUCUGAUUACAUCAAUGCCAAUUAUUUAACUGAAAAUAAAACUUACAUUGCAACACAAGGGCCUCUUUCCAGCACUAUAACUGACUUUUGGAAAAUGAUUCAUCAAACUAAAUGUAGCAUUAUUGUAAUGCUGACCAAACUAUCAGAAAAUGGCAAACUGAAAAGUGAGCAGUACUGGCCAGAGUUGGAGGUAACCAAGACAUAUGGAAAUAUAAGUGUCAGUAACAAAAGGGAAAAUAAAUAUUCUUAUUACACUUACCGACAAUUUUGCAUCACAAAGAACUCAGAAAAUUUCUUGGUAGAUCACUACCAAUUUACCAGUUGGCCUGAUCAUGGUGCACCAAAAGAUCCAGGGCAUUUUAUUGCAUUUAGAAAUCAAAUACACUCAAGUUCUUGUUAUAAACCACCCAUACUUGUGCACUGCAGUGCUGGUGUUGGGAGAUCUGGUUCAUACAUAGUUUUGGAUAUUAUUCUAGAAGAAAUGAAAUAUAACUCGAAGAUAGAUGUAAUAGGAUGCAUCUUAAAACUUCGAAAUGACCGAACACUGAUGGUUCAGAAUCGAAGUCAACUUGAAUACAUCUAUGACGUUCUUAUUGAGAGUAUUAUUACUGGUCCUACUAUGAUUUAUAUUCAUAAACUCCCACAAGUCUAUGAUCAACUCCUGAAUUUUCAAGAUGAAAACAGUACAACUUUGAUGAAACUGCAGUUUGAGAAAUUGGUAUUGCCCUUAAACACUACCAUAAAUGACUGUCCAAAUAACAAUGAUACCUCUGUGUGCUAUGACAAUGAGCAAAACAUAAGUGAUGAUGAAAAUAAUGAUGUUCUCGAUGACAUGACUAUACUGAGUGGAAACAACUUGGAGGAAGAAUUUAUUCUGCUAAAUACACCCUCUGAAGAAAAGUUAGCAGAUUUUUGGAGUGCAAUCUUUUUGAAAAGAUGCACUAUUUUAGUUAUGUUCAACAAUUUGCCCAGUGAAGAAGCAAUAUACUGGCCUAAAGAUACAAAUGUAGUUGCUGAAUACAAACAUUUUGCUGUGAAAUUGGUUGAAGAAGAUGACAAUAAGAGUUAUAUUAAAAGGACAAUGAAAGUCUCAUCAUCUGUAUUGAAUAUGCCAGAAUUGUUAGUCCAUCAGUUACAAUUUAAAUCUUGGCUGGGAAAUAACUUCCCUUCUCCAAAAGAAAUGGUGGAAAUAAUACAAACAGUACAGAGUUUGCAAAUAAGUAAAAGCCAUAAGCAGAUUAUUCUUCAUUGUCUAUAUGGUAUAAAUAAGAAAGGCUUGUUUUGUGUUUUGUACAUGAUUAUUGAAAUACUAAAGCGAGAAUCUUUGAUCAGCAUUGAGCAGCUUAUCAGACAAGUAAAGAAAAAAAAGAAAGAAAUUAUAUCUGAUUAUUUGUCAUACCAGUACUGUUGGCUAGUAGCAAAGAUCUUCUUAGAAGACUACACUGAUUUAUCUAACCAGAGCUGA